AUGCUUGAAUAUUCCUUUCAUGCACCCGGGGCCCCUGAACGUGAACUCGCAGGGACCGGGGUCAAGGCGAAGGGUGUCGAGCAUGUUGGGCUGCUACCCACAGGCUGCACAACAAGGUGCACCAAAAUAAACAAAUCCAUGUACAUCAGAAAGAGAGAGACAUAUCAUCUGCUCUCAGUCAAGAUGGCAACCAGCUCUUCCCACGUUGAGAACUAUGAUGCCUCCAAGUUCUGGAUCGCUCCAGCCAGGAACUUUCGAACUUCUGCUCGCUUGCACUUGCAACACUUUCUCUUCCAAAACACUAUCGGCUAUCUCCUAGAGCCUACCAUUGAGGAGUCCUUGGCAGCUUCUUCCCGGCCGUUGAAUGUCGCCGAUCUCGCUUGUGGAAAUGGCAUCUGGCUGACUGAGCUGCACUCCCACUUUGCGAAGAACAACAUCUCAGCCCAGCUGGACGGAUUUGACAUCAACCCCGUGAACUUCCCGGAUGCAGCCUACCUGCCCGACUCGGUAUCCAUCAAGCAGCUUGACAUCCUUGCCAAGCCCCUCCCUGCCGAUUUGAUUGGCAUCUACGAUAUGGUCCAUAUCCGAGCCUUUGUUAGUGUGAUACCUGAUGGCGACCUGACACCUAUACUCUCUGUUGCCUCGGAUCUUUUGAAGCCGGGUGGUUUUCUUCAAUGGGAAGAGACCCGAGGCGAUAAAUGGGUUGUCGAGUCACCUUCACCGCAAGUAUCUAAAUUGGCCUGUGAAAGCAUUGUGCAGGUGCUCGAAGGUGGUCAAAAGGCCCAAGGCAUCAACAAUGAGUGGGUAGACGUACUCGACACAUGUCUGGGCCAGUUUGGUUUCCAGGACGCACGAUUGCUUUCUCAGAAGAAAAGAAAGCAGGAUUACAAGGGAUGGACUGAAGACUACUUGAUGGUGUGGGAGGAAUGUGCUGCUUUUUUUCCGCCAAAGUCACAGGCAUCGAAUGCACCAUUGACGCGAGAGGUGUGGACUGAAAUGUUUGCAAACAGUGUUAAAGAGACAGAGCAAGGUGUUGCGGUGCAUCAAGGAAAGGUCGUGACUGUGGUUGGCCGGAGGCCUCAAUGA